AAAGCUUUUUCAACUUUCCAAAACCUACAUGUAAACGAUCAAAGCCAUGGUCCGAACCCGAAGCGAUGACAAUACUGUAUCUUACAACAGCGAUGGCGCCGGCGGUGCUGCGUGUAGGCCUCCUCGAGGAAAAACAUAUCUAACGAUCGGUCAAGAUUUCUUUUCCGUCGAGGAAUAUGUUUUGAGUCAGUACAAUGCCAGUCUGCAUCGCCCCGAUGGCCAUAAUGUAUACAGCGAAGUCGGAAACUCUAGAAGACAAGCCCCAAUACUCCCCUUGCCAUACUUCUAUCCGGCGGCAACCAUGGUGUAUACUGACAUUCAUGAACUGAAGGGUUUAGAUCAACCGGCUGAUUACGGAAGCGGGAUUGAAUAUGUGAAGGGUAAGUGCCAAAAAUCAAUUGCGGGUGAAUAAAGGUUAUAUUAAUGUGUAAAAUAUUGUUCGAAUAUUUUUCCAUCUAUGCUGGGCGCCAUCAAACAUUGACCGUUGGCUCGACAUCCAUGUCGGUUGGUAUCUGUCUUCGAAUAAAGCUGUUAUCAAUUCCAACAAUCUUAUGUUUCUCUACUUUAUUCGAUUUCUUCUGAAUCAUUUGAUCCGCUGAAAUGAUAGGCCUGGCGGAUGCAUUUCCUGAAUCUGGAUUGCAAAUCGGGCUGUGGCUCAAUGGCUCUGCGGGAUGUCGAGACAUCGUUUCGGGUGUACUAGACGACCAAACCUAUCGGCUGUUUGACUUUAUUCGGUCUGAACUUCCGGAAUCGUUGCCACGGGUGUUUUUGCGUGUAGGAUACGAGUUUGACAAUCCUUGGUUUGGCUAUAGUGACGAUCCUGCAGCAUACCAAGAGGCGUUUCGGAAAAUAGUCCAUGCCUGUGAGAGACAAAUGACGACGAAACAGUGUCACGAAAAAGUUGAUUUCGUAUGGCAUUCCUGGGCAGCUCCACGGGAAGAUACUUUGUCCCUCGAUCAGUUUUACCCCGGAGACUAUUUUGUCGACUGGGUAGGUGUUUCGAUCUUUCAACAAGUGUACCCAUGGGCAAACGACGAAAAACAGAACGAGAAAGGAAAUUUUGCUGGAGGAGAUAUGAAAGAGGUGAAAGAAGUCCUAGAAUUUGCGACGUCGAAAGGUAUACCAAUAAUGAUUGCUGAAUCUACUCCUUUUGGAGGAAUGGAUGUGGCAGAAUCAGAUGUUGCAAGGCAAUAUAUCAAGGACGACGCAAAUAAGGACGAUGUUUGGAAUAUGUGGUUUCAAAAGACGAUCGACCUGAUUGAAGAGUUCGAUAUUUCAAUGUGGUCGUACAUCAAUUGUGACUGGGGGUCGCAACCGAUGUGGCAUGGUGUGGGGUUUGGAGAUACGCGUAUCUCUAGUUCGAAAGUUGUUAUGAAGCGAUGGUGGGAACAGGUUUUGAGCAACGACUCUAGAUUCUUGGUUCGCAUUGAAGACUGCAAUGAAAAUUCACGUCCAAGAGGUCAUAUCAGAGAAGAAGAUGAAAUGGCUGUAGCGCGUAGCGCAACAACUGCGAUUGAUGGAUUGUUCCAUAGUGAUGGAAGUGUGAAUUAUAUGACGUCGAACCCAAGGUGCCUGCAACUACUUUGCAUCGGUKGUGUUCUUUUGGUCACUGUUGCUUUCCUCUUUUUACUUCAGAUAAGACUCUGGAAAACCAUAAAUCGAAGACACUGCAAAGAAAGAGCGUCAAGACCCAACUGUCAUUGCACCCACUAUGGUGCGGUAGUCUACGAUGAAUAGAACGCUUCGAAAAUGACAUCGUGUGCAAUAAAAUUUGUUACCUUGGCUGAUCUUAUUUGAUAGACACUUGUCGAAAAAAUAGGCCUUUUGCAGAUUAAAAUUACUAUUCAAUAUGAAGACGUAUUCAUUCCAACUGCAAUCGUCAAACGUAAUCAUUGUAACUAUAGUUGUUAACAAAUUAUUUAAUGCUCCUCGCCACCAUCCACGUAUCCGUAUGCUAGUUUCGUCCGAUAUGGGAGAAGGUCCAACGCAAGAAUACUUCUUCAUUCGAUUUCACAUCAAAAGUAUCGUACAAGAAGGAGUGCGACCAAUUGUUUAAUGCUCCUCACCGUCAUCCACGUAACCGUCGGGUAAUUCUGCCUCAUUCAGGAGAAGGUCUUCCGAAACGAGUCCCCAGACAGGUACAUCCUGAUGACCGAGUUUUUGGAAGCUUUUGGUUCUGCUGGGCAAUCCAGAUUCUUCAGGGGGGUCGAUAAACAUUUUGAGUUCCACAACACAAGCGCAUUCCACUACAAUUCCCUCGCACUGUUUUACCAAAGAAAUCGCCGAUGAGAGAGUCCCGCCCGUCGCAACCAAGUCGUCGAUGACCAAAACACGGUCUCCUUUCUUAAUUUUUCCUUUUUGGACUGUGAGGCCAGAGCGGUUGCCAUAUUCUGUUUUGUAUUCCUCGCUUUCGAUGGUGUUCGGCAUUUUACCUUUCUUUCUCAUCAUAAUAAAUGGUUUUUUCAAAGCCAAUGCAAUUGGAGGUCCGAGAAUGAAACCUCGUGCAUCAAGGCCGGCGACGGAGUCAAUACCAAUCGCUUGGUAACGCUCUACAAAAAUAUCUAC